CGAGGCAAGCCGAUGAGGUGAGGUGGGUGCCGGCCUGCCCGGGUGGUGCGGCUCUGCUCCUGCUCGCUCGCGGAAACAAAGCACCACCGCCCCCACAAAGCAAACAAAAAUCCCCAAUUUCCGCCGCACUCCGAUCCUCCUCCCAAACCCUAGCAGCUCCCAAAUCCCCAGCCCCCGCACUCCCUCAAUUCGCCCCGUAUCCGGAUGCCCCCGACCCGCGCGGCCUAGGGGCGGCAGAGUUCGGCCGGCGGGCGGGGACGCGCCGCCGAUGGAGCCGCGCGUGGCCAACAAGUUCCGCCUCGGGCGCAAGCUUGGGAGCGGCUCCUUCGGGGAGAUCUACCUCGGUACCCACGUGCAGACCAACGAGGAGGUCGCGAUUAAGCUGGAAAGUGUGAAGACAAAACAUCCUCAGUUGCUGUAUGAGUCAAAGCUGUAUAGGAUACUGCAGGGCGGAACUGGAAUUCCAAACGUCAAGUGGUUUGGUGUUGAAGGUGACUACAAUGUUCUCGUUAUGGACCUCUUGGGGCCAAGCCUUGAAGACCUUUUCAGCUUUUGCAACAGAAAACUGUCCCUGAAGACUGUUUUGAUGCUUGCCGAUCAGAUGAUUAACCGGGUCGAGUAUGUUCAUAUUAAGUCCUUCUUGCACCGAGAUAUUAAGCCAGACAAUUUUCUCAUGGGCCUCGGAAAGAGAGCAAAUCAGGUAUACAUGAUUGAUUUUGGACUGGCAAAGAAAUACAGGGACAGUGCAACACACCAGCACAUUCCAUACAGAGAGAACAAAAAUUUGACUGGGACAGCACGUUACGCAAGUGUAAACACGCAUCUUGGAAUUGAACAAAGUAGGAGGGAUGACUUGGAAUCUUUGGGAUAUGUACUCAUGUACUUCUUAAAAGGAAGCCUUCCAUGGCAGGGUCUAAAAGCUGGGACCAAGAAACAAAAGUACGAGAAAAUUAGUGAAAGGAAGAUUGCUACUUCAGUUGAGGCUCUAUGUCGUGGAUACCCUACUGAAUUUGUAUCCUACUUCCAUUACUGCCGCUCAUUACGUUUCGAAGAUACGCCUGACUAUCAAUACCUGAAGAGAUUAUUCAGAGACCUUUUUAUUCGAGAGGGAUUUCAGUUUGAUUAUGUUUUUGACUGGACCAUUCUUAAGUAUCAGCAAUCGCAAAUGGCUGUUCCACCGCGUGCUAUGGCUGCAGCAGCAGGUCAAAGCUCUGGGAUGGCUCCUAUGGCAAAUAAUAGACUGUCAGCCACUGAAGAGGGAAGGAGAAGUGGGUGGUCAGCUGAUCCUUUGCGGCGUCAGGUUCCACCUGCAGGAAUAAAUGUAGUCAGCUUGUCAAAACAGAAAUCUCCAAUUAGACAAGAACAGUCCUCAUCAAAAGAUGCUGUGUUCCCCAGUUCGACUUUUUUGGGUCGGUCAAGCGGAUCCUUGAGGCGUCCUGCUGUUUCUAGUAGCCGAGUUCCAACCGGUGAAGCUGAAACACACAGCCGUACACCAGAUACAAGCCCAGGGACUUUCCAAAGAAAUGCUCCCCCACGUAGGACCUCGCAAACACUGGAGUACUCGGACCCCAGGCUUUCAUCGUCUGGCAGGCUCAUGCCCAACUCCAAGAACUACGAGUCCACUUUAAGGGGCAUCCAAGGUCUAAAUUUCGAUGCCAAUGAUAGGAUCCACUACUAGUAUCUAUAUGAUCUCUUGAAGUCCAGAUGAAGUGCAAGGUAGUGUCCGAGCUACCUUUAGUCUCAUGCCCUGUGUGAUCUACAAGCUACAUGCUGGAGCAGCAAGGCAGCAUGCUGAUCCAAAGCAAUGAUUGGCAAAAUAAAGGGCUGUCUGUUUUCUUGAGCAGCUUUUGCCUUAAAAAGGCAUCUUGGCUAUGUUUUAGGCUCUGUACAGGUUCUAAUGUGUUCUUAUUGUGCUUUGAGAUUCUGCUUUAGUAUUUUCCACAUAAUAUCGCGUCUCAAGCUGUCAGCUGGCUCGUGCUCCAGCGGCUCGUUUCUGAAUGCAAUGCCUAUUUGUGAAGGAUUGCAAAUUGUAAGUAACCAAAUGUGAUUGUUAUUCAAGUGUUUUGGAGUGUCAUGUGCGGGCAGGUUGUGGCCUUUUGGCAUCUCAUAAAACGUGGAACAAAAGGAUGCAAUCUCAAGUGAAAGUGUUAA